UCUUCAUACCUUCCUUGAGCUUGAACAGUUGUACCACCAAAACACACACAUGAAGUACUCAGCUGCCGCCUCUCUUGUCCUCGUAGCCGCCGCCGCCUCAGGCGCGCUCGCCCAGGACUCCUCCUCGGGACGCGUGACACCCAGCGGCAUACCCUUCCUCCAGCUCGGGCACCCUCCCCUUCUCCUCCCUCUCCCUCGACACCACCGGCGCCCUCUCCUCCCUCUCCUCCCUCAUCUCCUCCGAGUCCUCCGCCGUCUCCUCCGCGCUCUCGGGCGGGACGACGCCGAUCGGCUCGCUCACCUCUGUCGGGCAGAGCGCGACCAGCAGCCUCGCGAGUUCCAUCUCUACCACCGCCAGCGGAAGCGGAAGCAGCAGCAGCGCGCCCGGUGCAACCAGCACAAGCUCAGGUUCAACAGGCGCCGCUGUCAGUGUACAUGCAAGUUCAGGCGCGGGCGUGGGGGUCCUGGUAGCUGGAGCGAUUGCAGCAUUCGCGGCUGCGAUGCUCUAAGCUAGCAUAUCCGAUGGCAGCGUGCGAGGCGAGGCAGAGCGUGCGACAGGAAGAAACGGAGGAGAAGGAGAAGAGAAGCACG